AUGAGCAAACUAGUACAGGUGUACCUCAUCGGAGCGGUUGUCCGUUUUGUGCUCCCGGUACUUGUGCCCAGCAUAACACACGCUUUGGCCAAAAGCGUGCUUUUGUCCACUCCCAUGGACUCGUUUCCUUCCCUUGAAGAGGCAUUCUACUACCUUGAGCACGGCAUAGGCUUAUACGACGGUGGUAUUGUUCACCAUCCGCCCUUGUUGGUGAUUCUUUUGCUGUUCAUACACGGAUUGGGGCCCAUCUCUAGCGUGUUGUUCAAUGGGUUGUGGGCAUGCAUGGACUUGUUCAUUGUCACGAGAAUCAUCGAUAUCAACAAAUGGUACAACGAACACAACAGCAACAGGCGUGGCCGUAAAUUGGCGCGUUUCAACGAUGAUUUGAUUGCUAGUUUCUACUUGUUCAACCCGCUCUUGGUCUUGAGCAACCUCCUGCAUUCCACAUUAACAUUUGCAUUGCUCUUCCUCGUCGAGAGCAUUCAUCAGCUUGUUGUCAAGCGUCGCUACUUCCAUUCUGCUGUGGCAUUGGCAGCCUCUACCUACUUUUCGGUCAAUUUGGCAUACUUGGUAAUUCCAAUGACUGCUCUUGCACUCACCGUUAGCGAGGCCAGCCAAAAAAUUCCAUUGGCACUGAGGUACGUUUUGACCUUUGUUGCAACUCUUGGCUUGUUCUUGUUGGCUUCUUUUGCAUCGGUGAACUCUUGGCUGUUCGUCCAUCAAGUCUAUGGAACAGUGUUUUUCUUUGAUAAGAUCACGCCAAACUUGGGCUUAUGGUGGUACCUCUUUACAGAAAUGUUCGAGUUUUUCUCUCCGUUCUACGUGGGAUUAUACAACUUAUACUCGUUUGUAUUUAUCUUACCAAUGACGUUGAGAUUCUACGAGGGCUACGGAAAAUCAGAAAAAAAGACAUCAGGUCACGGAGACUCCUUCUUGGCUGUGGUGUUGGGUUACAUCUGGAUCUCAUUUACCAAGUCGUAUCCAACUGUUGGUGACUUGGCCUUCGCAGCUUCGCUUUUACCAUUAUUCAAGUCUACUAUCCUUCCCUACUGCAGGUACACAUACAUAACAGCAUUAGGGUUCUUGGUAUCAUUGCUUCUCUCCCCCAUCUUCUACUACUGUUGGAUUGUAUUGGCGACUGGUAAUUCGAACUUCUUCUACAGUAUUAGUUUAAUAUGGGGUGCUGUACAUACAUCGAUUUUGAUGGAUUUGAUCUGGGGAAAAUUGACCUCGGAAUAUAUUGAGGAAAACAAGAUCCCUGAAAAAGAUCAGAAAACAUUGAGAUUGACUCAAAUAUAG